AUGAUAGCCUAUUUGGCAUCCAUCAAUGCGCUGCAAAGCGUUGCCAGCCUCGAAAAAGAGCUUCCGAUGGACAACAACUUCGAUGUUGUCGCCCGCAAGAAAUAUGAAGGGCUUUUGCCGCGGAAGUGGACUAAUGUGAUGCGACUACAGAGGAGGAUCUUGGACCUGGAAUCAAGGAUCACCAACCUGGAAUCCAGACUUGAAUGUGCUUUUCCUAUCGAUAUAGAACCGAUGGCAACCACCUGGCUGCCUGGAUCUAAUGCAAAACAUACAUUGCAGUCUCAUCGCGCGGCAAUCACCUGUCUUGCUUUUCACCCACUCUAUCCAUCUCUGGCCUCUGCAUCCGAAGACUGUUUUAUCAAGAUCUGGGACCGGGAAGUUGGAGUAUUGAAGUACACUUUGAGAGGACACUCGCGACCGGUAUUUGGCCUAGAUUUUGGCGGACCCCAAGGGCGCACCUUGCUCGCGUCUGGCUCUGGCGACCUCACCAUUAAGCUAUGGGAUCCAAAUACAGACUAUGCGAAUGUCCGCACCUUACACGGCCACGAUCAACCGGUUACGGCAGUUCGAUUUCUCACGCCGACGGGAACUCUCCUAGUAUCUACCGGUCGGGAUGCCUCGAUUCGCAUUUGGGACAUUCUAACAGGUUACUGUGUGAAGCACAUUGACACCGGGGGCGAGUGGAUCCGAGACAUUGCGCCCUCGUUUGAUGGAGUAUACAUAGUAGCCGGGGGUAAUGAUCGCACCGCUAUGGUCUGGGAAGCCUCUUCUGGUCAACCAAAGGCCAGUCUACCAGGCCAUGAGAGCUACAUCGAGUGUUGUGCCUUUGCCCCUGCUUUGAGCCAUUCCAAUAUUGCUGCUCUGGCUCCAUCGAUGGCAUCAUCAUUAAGGGGCUCCACGUUCAUUGCUACUGGAAGUAGAGACAAAACCAUCAAACUUUGGAAUGACCGAGGGAUCCUCAUCAAGACUCUGGUGGGGCAUGACAGCUGGGUCCGUGGUCUUGCAUUCCAUCCAGGAGGGAGAUACCUGAUUACUGUGGGUGAUGACCGAACGAUCCGGUGCUGGGAUUUGUCACAAGAUGCACGCCUAGUGAAAACAGUUGAUGAUUCCUCAGAGCAAUUCAUUACUUGUAUCCGGUGGGGCCCAAAGCAGAUUCAUCGAGAUCGGGGAAUUUGCCAUGUUCUGGGGACAGGAGGGGCCGACUCCUGUGUGCGUAUCUGGAUGUGA